AUGGCUGAAAAAGACUUGAGUUAUUGCCGACCAUUAGACAGGUCGCCAGAAAAACUGUCACCGCACCUUAGUUCAGAAAAUGUCAAAGCUAUUACGGAUGUGAGAAUGGCAGUUGAAAAUGUACGGAAGAAAUUUGAUGAAUUGAACAACAAUUUACAUGAAAGAGACAAAGCAGUAGCAUUUGAAAGGAAAUUAAAAGAAAAAGCUGAAGAGAAGAUAAAGAGUAAAUUAGUUGACAUGUAUCAAGACGAUGGACAUGUUAAUUCGGAACUUAGAAAUCGAUUACCUAGAGCUAAUAAAACAGACCCUCUUUCAUCAACCCAUUACCACAGUGAUGAUGAUAUUUCUUUCAAAAACAUACCACCAGAAACAGAGAGAAGUUGGUGA